UUCUCUUCAGCCGCUAGGGACGCCUCGGGAAUGCGGGACAUCCUUGUCUUGAUGAACAGAGGUGCGCGACUCUCGCCUCGGCCUUUCCUCUGACUAAUGUGAUCCGUCAUCCACGGUGUCGUUGUCAAUAUCAAUCAAUAAUGAACCCCAGUUUUGUCUGAGGCGGAAAGGGGCGACCUAGGUAUGCGCCGUCCAACAUGAAAUACCAUGCCGUGCCCUCGAAGAGUCCCUCUUGCCACCCACCUACUCAGUCAGUUGUUUCCGUCGCCACCCCCCUCGGCUAAUCAAACUCUCCAUUGUGCGCUAUGAGGUUCUCACCAUCGUUCGUGGCGGCCCUCGCCCUCUCCGCUGGUGUGUCUGCCGAGGAUGACUCGUUUGACUAUAUUGUUGUUGGUGGUGGCACUGCUGGUACCGCCCUGGCCACUCGCCUCAGCCUGGGCCUUCCCAAGUCCACCAUCCUACUCAUUGAGGCCGGACCUGCUGCUCUCGAUGACCUGAGGAUCAAUGUCCCUGGCCUUCGUGGGUCUAUUCUCGGGACCAGCCUCGAUUGGAACUUCACUACAGUCAAGCAGUCGUCUCUUGAUGGCCGCUCUAUCAGUGUCAACCGUGGCAAGGUGCUCGGUGGCUCCUCUGCCAUGAACUACCUUUGCUACGACCGUGCGUCGGCCCCUGAGUACGAGGCUUGGGCUGAGCUCGGGAACCCGGGCUGGGGUUGGAACACCAUGGUCAAAGCUAUGACCAAGUCGGAGAACUUCACAGGCACUGAUAAGGACAGGCACGGACGCAACGGGCCGAUCCAAAACUACUACAAUCGAGUCGUCUACCCUGUCCUGCGCUUCUGGCAGCCGGCCGUGAGCAAGCUCGGCAUCAAUGUCAACGACCAUGACAGCAUGGGCGGCGACCCCAUCGGCGUCGGGUUGCAGCCCACCAACAUCGACACGAAGAAGAACACACGCUCCUACUCCGCCAGCAGCUAUCUGCCCCUGGCCGGCAAGAACCUGGUCGUCAGGACCAACACCCAGGUUGCCAAGGUCAACCUGGUCAAGCUCAAGGACUCGGAGUACAAGGCGACCGGCGUGGCCCUGCCCGGCGGCGAGGUCAUCCGAGCACGGAAGGAAGUCAUCAUAUCCGCCGGCUCCGUCCAGAGCCCCGGCCUGCUCGAGCUCUCGGGCUUUGGCCAACCCGCCGUGCUUAAGGCUGCUGGUGUCACUCCGCUUGUCAACCUCCCCGGCGUCGGCGAGAACUACCAGGACCACAUCCGCCUGUCCAACACGUACAGACUCAAAGACGGCAUUGACUCCUUCGACAACCUCAUCUUCGACAGCGCCGGCGCCAAUGCAACGGGCGAGCUGCAGAAGUGGGUGGAGGGCGAGCUGUCGCUGUACGAGUAUACCACCUCGGCUUACGGCUUCAUGAACUGGCGCCAGCUUGGCCUGGACGUGAAGAUGAAGAAGAUCGCCCGCGACGUCUUUGGUCGCAGCGCCAACGUCAUCGACGCUAAGAAGCUGCAGUAUCUAAACAACGCCCGCGUGCCGUCGAUCGAGAUGAUCUACGAGGCCAACUUCGUCGGCUCCUUUGGAUACACAGGCGGCAAGUUCAUCACCCUCAUCGCGACCGUCAUGCAGCCCUUCUCGCGCGGCAGCGUCCACAUCGACCCGAGUGACCCACGCGGCAAGCCCAUUAUCGACCCCAAGUUCAUGAGCAACAAGUACGACCACGAGGGGCUCGUUGAGGCCGCCAAGUUCUCGCGCCGCAUCGCUCACUCCGAGCCCAUCAAGUCGACCUGGGUGGCGGAGACCGAGCCCGGCGAGGAUAUCCAAACAGACGAAGACUGGCGCGCCUAUGCUAAAACGGCGAUGGGCAGCUUCUACCACCCUGUCGGGACCUGCGCCAUGCUUCCCCGUAAGAACGGCGGCGUGGUCAGUCCUGAGCUCCUUGUGUACGGCACGACCAACCUGCGCGUCGUCGACAACAGUAUCAUCCCUAUUAUCCCGGCUGCUCACAUCCAGACUGCGGCGUACGGCAUUGCCGAGGUCGCCGCGGCCAAGAUCAUCGCCUCUGCGUGAGAGUGAUGGGGAGGGGUGGGUGCUUCAGGCUCGGCCCCUCUCCGUUGAAAUGAGUCGUCGGGCUCCCUUGUCAGACCUCGCUCAGCCUUUAAAGUUUUGCAUAUUAGUUUCCUGUAAAACGAGACGUGAUCUUGUGCUGUGCCGGACACCUGCGCGCCGGGCAAGUCGAUAUAUACUUAGGGUACAUAAGGAAUAACACGAUUCAGUUCAUGGUUUCGGCCGAGGGCAAGCCAAUCAACCGGAAUAUCCAGAGUCAAGUAUUCAUCGUUAGUACUAGGCUGCCGCUCAAACGAGUUCUAUGGGCCCCUCAAUACCGGUUUCGACAACCAGUAUAUCGGAAACAUUGCUGCGGCUUGUGAUGAGGGUGUAGCUUCUAAACAGCCAUCGCAAAAGAGUCCGUGCGCGGUGGAUUUUCCACCACCAUAAAUCUAAAGACCAUCACUUCACUGAUAUAUUUGCAUACCUUAUUAGUUGUUUAUUGC